CUUGUGAUCGAGGAUAUUAUGGUGCUGAGUGUCAACAAGAAUGUGGAUACUGCCGUGACCUAUCUCACUUGCCCAUAUGGAUUGUUUGGACCGGAUUGUCUAGAAGAAUGUAACGGCACAUGUGAUGGUUGUAACAGAUUCAAUGGUUCUUGUGAUUCUGGGUGUAACCCCGGGUGGCAGGGAUAUGAGUGUCAAGAUGUUUGCGAUAAAGGAUCAUUUGGUGAUGACUGCAGUGAAACAUGUGGACACUGUCGUGACAUAGACCAGUGUUCCAAUAUAAAUGGGACAUGUUUGACUGGAUGUACUGCUGGUUACCAGGGGGACUUGUGUAAAACACCAUGUGUUCGAGGACUAUAUGGGGCUGAGUGUCAACAAGAAUGUGGACACUGCAGUGACUUAAACCAGUGCGUCCACACUAACGGGUCAUGUUUAACUGGGUGCGAAGCUGGUUAUCAUGGGGAAACAUGUGCAGCAUCUUGUCCACACGGAUCCUUUGGACCGGAUUGUGCUGACAGAUGUAACGACACCUGUGAUGGUUGUAACAGAUUCAAUGGUUCUUGUGAUUCUGGGUGUAACCCCGGAUGGCAGGGAUAUGAGUGUCAAGAUGCUUGUGAUAAAGGAUCAUUUGGUGAUAACUGCAGUGAAAAAUGCGGACACUGUCGUGACGUAGAGAACUGUUCCAAUAUUAACGGAACAUGUUUGACUGGAUGUGAUGCUGGCUAUCAGGGGGAAUUGUGUAAAACACAAUGUGACAGAGGAUCCUUUGGAAUUGACUGCAAUGAAACAUGUGGGUACUGUAAUGAGACAAACCAGUGCUUCCAUACUAAUGGAACAUGUCGAUCCGGAUGUAUUGCUGGCUUCCAAGGGGAUUUGUGUAAAACAACUUGCCAGCGUGGUUAUUUUGGAGCAAACUGCGCUAUGAAAUGUGCUGACACCUGUGAUGAUUGUAAUGAUGUCACCGGUGUGUGUGAUCAAGGAUGUCUACCAGGCUUCAAGGGAUAUGUUUGCCAAGAAGCCUGCCCGUAUGGAUUUUUCGGACAAGAUUGUACAGGUGAAUGUAACGACACAUGUACGGGCUGCAACAAUGUGAAUGGUCUGUGUGACAGAGGAUGUCAUCCAGGCUGGAGGGGAGAAUACUGUGAUAUAGCUUGUGACAAGGGACUGUAUGGUGCUGACUGUAGCGAAACAUGUGGUCGGUGCCAUAAUAAGACCCAGUGCGUUCAUACCAACGGGACAUGCUUGACUGGAUGUGAUGCUGGUUAUGAAGGCGAUGUGUGUAAAACACCCUGUCCGUAUGGAUUGUUCGGACAAGAUUGUACUGGUGUAUGUAACGACAACUGUACGGGCUGCAACAAUGUGAAUGGUGUGUGUGACAGAGGAUGUCAUCCAGGCUGGAUGGGAGACUACUGUAAUAUAGGUAGGUUAGCUUGCAUGGAAUCUGUCUAUGUUGUUGAUAUGUCAUAA